UUGACGUUCUUCGACCAUUCUUCACUCAAGCACACAAUUGGUUUUAAUUUAAUUGAUUUUUCGCAUUCCAAUAGGCUAAUCUUCAUAAUUUUUUAAGACAAACCUGGCCUCUGUAUUCUCAUUCAUGUACUGAUUGUCAUAUGGCAUUCUCCUAAUUUCUAUCCACCUAAACAUACACAUAUCGAAAAGUCUCAUUAUCUUGUUUUUCCAUAAGUAUCAGAACACCUAACUAAAUUAUGGCUAAUCAGGAGGAGGCUGAAAAGAUGGAUCCAGCUGAGCUGCGUCGUGUAUUUCAUAUGUUUGAUCGAAAUGGAGAUGGGAAGAUUACAAAGAAAGAGCUCAGCGAUUCAUUACACAACUUAGGAAUGUUCAUAACGGAUGACGAACUUGUCCAGAUGAUUGAUAAGAUCGAUGUAAAUGGAGACGGGUACGUGGACAUGGAAGAAUUCGGGGCAUUGUAUAAAACAAUAAUGCAUGAGAAAGAUGAGGAAGAAGACAUAAGAGAAGCGUUUAAUGUUUUUGACCAAAAUCGAGACGGGUACAUCACAGUUGAUGAGUUGCGGUCAGUGUUGGCUUCCUUGGGACUGAAGCAAGGGAGGACCGUAGAAGAUUGCAGGUUGAUGAUAAAGAAGGCGGAUGUGGAUGGGGAUGGGAAGGUGAAUUUCAUUGAGUUUAAACAGAUGAUGAAAGGUGGUGGAUUUGCUGCAUUGGAAACAAAUUAAAUGGUUUAAAAGGCAUGAGUUAAUAAUAUGUAAGUUAUGAUUUGGGUUUUUAGAGGAGGGGAGACGAUAGAAGAGAUCAUCUCUUGUUUUGAUAUGCAUUUCCUCAUCUUUGAACAUGUUUGUGGUUUUUUAGAUUUUGCAAAACUUUCUGAUUUCUAUGUUAUAUUGUACACAUUAUCUAUGUUACUACUAUCAUAUAUGUAUGUAAAUUUUUUUUUUAAAAUAAAUUCCACGAUUAGUG